AAAGAGAGAAUAUAUUGUUCAGCAAUGGAAGGUGUAGAAGUUGAACAACCACUGAAACUGCACUUCAUUCCAUAUCUAGCAUCUGGACAUAUGAUCCCUCUUUUUGACAUAGCAAUUAUGUUUGCAUCCCGUGGCCAACACGUCACAGUCAUCACCACUCCCUCCAACGUCCAAUCCCUUACCAAAUCUCUCUCAUCCGCCGCUCCCUCCCUCCUUCGCUUUCACACCAUCGAAUUCCCCUCCCAACAAGUUGGCCUUCCUGAUGGCAUUGAAUCUAUGUCUUCCACCACCGACUCCACCACAUCUUGGAAGAUCCAUCAUGGCGCAAUGCUCCUCCAUGGACCCAUUGAGGAUUUCAUAACAAAUGAUCCCCCAGAUUGUAUCAUCUCCGACGCUGCAUACCCAUGGGUUAAUGACUUGGCCCAUAAGUUUCAGAUUCCUAACAUCACAUUUAACGGAAUGUGCCUUUUUGCCGUCUCCCUAAUGGAGACCCUCAAAACAAACAAUUUACUUCAUUCUGAUACAAAUUUUGAUUCGGAUUCAAGUACCUUUGUUGUUCCAAAUUUUCCUCAUCAUAUCACCUUAUGUGAAAAACCGCCAAAGUUAAUCAUCCCAUUCCUAGAAACAAUGCUUGAGACAAUAUUUAAAAGUAAAGCACUUAUCAUCAACAACUUCAGUGAAUUUGAUGGAGAAGAGUGCAUCCAACACUACGAAAAAACAACAGGUCACAAGGUUUGGCAUAUUGGUCCAACUUCUCUUAUUUGCAGAACCGUUCAAGAAAAAUCAGAGAGGGGAAACGAGGUUUUUGUGAAUGUACACGAGUGCCUGAGCUGGCUUGACUCAAAGAGAGUUAACUCAGUAUUGUACAUAUGUUUUGGAAGCAUCAAUUAUUCAUCUAAUAAACAACUAUAUGAGAUGGCAUGCUCACUAGAAGCAGCAGGUCAACCGUUCAUAUGGGUUGUUCCGGAGAAGAAAGGGAAAGAAGAUGAGAGCGAAGAGGAGAAACAAAAGUGGUUGCCGAAGGGAUUUGAAGAGAAAAACAUCGAGAAAAAGGGUUUGAUCAUUAGGGGUUGGGCCCCACAAGUUAAGAUAUUGAGUCACCCUGCAGUGGGGGGAUUUAUGACGCAUUGCGGGGGGAACUCAAUCGUAGAGGCUGUUAGCAUGGGAGUUCCAAUGAUAACGUGGCCAGUCCAUGGAGAUCAAUUCUACAACGAGAAACUAAUAACACAAGUUCGAGGAAUUGGAAUUGAAGUCGGUGCAACAGAAUGGUGUACAAGUGGUGUUGCGGAGAGAGAGAAGUUGGUGAGCAAAGAUAGCAUAGAGAAGGCUGUGAGGAGAUUGAUGGGCGGUGGUGAUGAAGCUAAAAAUAUCAGGGUACGUGCUCGAGAGUUUGGAGAAAAGGCUACACAAGCUAUUCAAAAAGGUGGCUCAUCUUAUAAUAAUUUGUUGGCUUUGAUUGAUGAACUUAAAAGAUUGAGAAACCUCAAGCCGCAUGAUUAAUUCAAAGGAGCAUUGUGUAAGUUUUUUCAACUUUUUCUAAUAACAUUGUUGUUUCGUCAAGCAGAAGUAUGUGUGUUAUAUGAAUUUUGCACAUGAAUUCAA